GCAAUGCACUGAGAAGUCAGCCCAGGCUCAGCCGUUGUCCUCGCCAUGAAGACAGCAGGUGUCUUUGUGCUCCCAGCUCUGGCCUUUUUCUGCUUCUUCUCAGAUGUCGCCAGCCAGAAAUGGAGUAAGUUUUUUCAGGACCACUGCAAAGAAUAUCACGGCAUCUCCCGCACUGGGGCGUUUUACUGCAACAGAAUUAACAGCCCUGUCCGUGGACCGGAUGGCAAAACGCACCUCAACCAGUGCCUCAUGUGCAAAAAGCUGAUGGGAAGAGGACUCAAUAAUGCCGGGAACGGUGGAGAAGGCAAUGGGAAGGAAAGUGGAAGCAGAGACUCGUCAGGAAAGAUCGACUGCAGUGAAUACGAGGAACUUUUCAAGAGCGGACAAUUUUCCUGCACGAAGGAGAACGACCCCGUGCGCGAUUCUUUGGGCAAGGAGCACAGCAACAAGUGUCUCCUGUGCGCGGCGCGGUACAAAAAGGAGAACAGGCUGAAUUCUACCCAGAACAGCCCCGGGGAAUUCGUGGGAGUCAAGGUUGACUGCAGUGCAUAUGAAGAAGACUUCAAGAGUGGGACACUUUCCUGCACACGGGAGUCGGACCCGGUGCGGGAUUCCUCCGGCAAGGAGCACAACAACAAGUGUGUCCUGUGCGCAGAGCGAUUCAAAAAGGACAAUGGGAUGACCAAGGAAGACGAGGACGAGUGCAGCGAAUAUCGGUCACAAAUCAGGAACGGUGGGAAACUCUUCUGCACGAGAGAGCUCAAUCCUGUCCGUGACGCCUCCGGCCAAGAGCACCCCAACAAGUGUUACAUGUGUGCAGACAAGUUCAAAAAAGAAGCUCAAAACGGCGGUCAGUCUCAUGUGAGCUCACAGUCAAGCCAGAACGGCUGCGGCGGUUCCGGGUCGCAGCAAGGAGAGGACGGGAGACCUUCCUGCCCGAGCGCUCAGCCCAGCUGCGGGGGGUCACGGGGAGUCCCAGGCCAGUCCGGUGGAGGUUGUGGACAAGACGACAAAGUCACCCAAGCAGAGAACAGAGAGGCUCAGUACAAGGAGGAGAAGUAACGGCGUCAAGAUUGCCAGCACGAUCCAAGGAAAAAGCGUGCCAGGGAAGUGAUUGAAGAACUGACUUUAGCAGCUGCCCAGUCCUCCGUGCCGCACAGCCUGCAUUCGUCCUCUCUACCGGGAGCUCGGCUCAUGCUCUGCAGAAGACAGCUCAGCCCUGCGCCGGCUCAGGUGGGGGGAGAUGGACUUUGAGCCUUGACCCCACUCUCCACCCUGUCUCGCUGUGUUUCUUCAACCAUCUCGUCGCUUUUCUUCCCUGGGCCUCACCUGAGGACUUCUGUAGUCAGCGGCUGAACUUGAACCUCUGCCCUUUCACCUCCCAGAAGUAACAGCCUAGGUUAGUGGAUAGUGCAUGGGGAACUGAGGCUUUCUUUGCCCUUAGCUGUAAGGUGAAGCUCAUGUGGCCACUUGAGAAUCCAUACGCAGGUGAGACCCCUUGGUAGCCUGGCUAUCGCCAAUCCCAAAAGAGAUGCCCGACCGAAAGGGAGCAUGAGCUGGUGGGCUCGCAGUCAGGAUGUGUCCCGAGCUGGCUGUACGGCUCUGGGCAGGAGAUGUGCAGCCCGCUCUGCAAAGUGGUCAUUAGAAAACACUUACCUACCUGGCAGCCACAUCGGGAGGCUUCACUGACUCGCGUUUCUAAAGUGCUUUGAGAUCCCCAGGGGAAGGACCGCUGUCACAUGCACAGUGAAAUAAACCACUUUACUCUUCUGCC